UCGGAGACACAGUUCCAGCAGGAUGUAGUGUAUCCGGUAUCGCGCGCUCGUGCACUGGCCAAAAGAUGCGCCCUCUCCUCAUUCCUCUGUUACCUCAUUUGGCAGCAUCGCACUAUGGACCGUUCCGAUGGUUAAUUAUGUAAGGAUGUUUGGUUUAAAGUUUGCGGCUUUUUGCCUUCUUGCAGUUCAUGAAGUUAGUCACUUGGCAGGGAAAAUAGCGUAACGUUGACGCAGGUAAUUUCUACGCUGCCGUUAUGUUUAAAAUUGCGUUUAUUGCAAUAAAAAUCUCCACCAGCUUGGAGCAGUGACUCGAAAAGGACAGCAUGUGGACCCGAAACCUAGUGGAAGAAGCAGUCAGGCCUAAAUGGAAAGCGGCAGAUCACAGAACUAAACUACCUUUGUGUACAAAUUCUACUCCUCGACCAGGACUGAUAUCAUACACUUUUGGCUCCAAGACCCUGAGAUGUCCUGCAGCCAACAGACCCUUGGAAAAAGUUGGAAUUGGCCCAUUUAGGUGGGAGGAACGUGUGCUGCUCAGAGCAAGUGGUUAUCAUGGACGACAUGAAGAAGCUAGUCCAGUGCGCCCACGUAUUGUGACAGUGGUUCGGCCAUGUGGCAAGCACAACCUACGGAAGAUUUCUUUGCUGCUAAAUCGUCGUGCUGUACAGACUUUUGAGCUAUUGAUGGCUGAUGUGUCAGAAGCCCUUGGCUUCCCAUGUUGGCACAGUGGUCGUGUUCGGCGACUUUUUAGCCCUGCUGGGCAAGAGAUACACAGUCUUUCUGAUUUCUUUAGGUCAGGUAAUGCCUUUCUGGCCUUUGGAAUUAGCCGCCCCUCCAUUAGUGAUGUACAGGCUACACUGCAGGAGCUGUAUCCUGACAGCCCAGGUUACUGUGACAACUUGCUGAGGUUGUGGGAGCGAAUCCUGAGGCCUAAGGCUGCUAAGACAGAUAGUGGUUUCCAUGAUGAUGUGCCCCAGGAUGAAUCUAGUUUAAAUGUAGCCCUUAAAUUGGUGACAAACCAACCACCAGCCAAUAAUUUGCAGUCAUUCCAAGCACAAGUUAGGCAGAAUGACAGGGGCAGGAGGGAAAGACAGAAAGGAGAGUGGGACAACAGGGAGGAUAAGAGAGCAAACCAAUCUCAGACUAAAGAGGAGAAAAGUAUAGACAAGAAGAAGGAGCCAGUAUAUUGCCAAAGCUGCAGAGGAGCUGGUCCACCUAUUCCUCCGAUUGUAAACAAGAAAUCUACUAAAUUGGAAAAGCCUAACCAUGAGAACAAAGCUCAGGAUAACAGGAUGAAAAACUCAUCACAGAUUAAAAAAACAGAAGCAGUCAAUCUGAAAAAUAAUCCAAACCCUCUCCAAAAUAAAGUCUCAAUUUUAGGACCCCAAGCAGAAAUCCCUAGAGAACAAGACAUGCCAAAAGUAGAAAUGGUAGAACAGAAAGACUUGUGGGAGGAGCUGCCACCUGAUGGCAUGCAGGUCUCUCUGGAGGAAAUCCAUCGCUGCUAUGACAUUGGGAGUGUGGUGGGUGAUGGGAAUUUUGCAGUGGUGUAUGAGUGCCGUGUGCGUGGCUUCACCCAAACAUUUGCCAUGAAGGUGGUAGACAAAGCCAAACUGCAUGGCCGAGGUCACAUGAUACAGAAUGAAAUUGCCUUACUGCGCAGCCUGGCACACUCACGCCUGGUGCGACUCCUGCGCUCACAUCACACGGACAAACAUGUCUACCUGUUAAUGGAGCUGGUGGCUGGUGGUGAUCUGUUCGAUGCUAUUGCCAAGUAUGGAAAAUUCAGCGAGCCUUGUGCAGCUAGGAUGAUUCAGGACAUCAGCCAGGCUCUGGAGUACAUCCAUAACAAGAGUAUCGCACACCGAGAUAUCAAGCCUGAAAAUCUUUUAGUCCAGUGGCACAGCAAUGGCAAUAUAAACCUAAAGCUGGCUGAUUUUGGAUUAGCCAUGGUAGUGACGGAGCCAGUUUUCACAGUUUGCGGCACACCUACAUAUGUUGCUCCUGAGAUACUUGCUGAGACAGGGUAUGGUGUAGCAGUGGACGUCUGGGCAAUGGGUGUGAUACUGUUUGUGCUUCUCAGUGGGUUUCCUCCAUUCCGCAGUCCAGAACGCAAUCAGGAGGAGCUCUUUCAUCUCAUCCAGAAAGGAGAGGUCCACUUCCUGUCACCAUACUGGGACCAUAUAUCUGAGGGAGCUAAAGUCCUAGUCCGAGCUCUACUAGAAGUAAACCCCACUGUGAGACUGACAGCCAGUCAAACUUUGCAGAACAGCUGGCUUGUUCAUGCAGUAGCUCAGAGUGACCACGAGGAGGCGAAAAACUCUAGCAACAUCAACAAGAAAGGAACAAUUCAAGAACACAGAAAACAUGGGGAAUGGGAAAAUCAGCCAAAACCUGAUAAAACAGCAGAGAUAGAUCAAGUGACACAGAUAGACAGGAACACUGAAAACAUAACAGAUAAAUACAGAGAAACUAAUAUGGACCAGAAAAAUAUGCAGAGUCUGGAGAGGCCAUCACAAGUUAAAGAAAUCAGCAAAAAUGGACACCUGCUGAAGGCAACAGUAUUAGUACAAAAAGCACCUGAGUAGUGCAAAUCUUUUGAUUGUCCAAAUUAAGGUAGGUAAUAAACUGAUAAAUACAUUACAUUUCCCACAUCACAGAAAAAUCAUAUAACCAUGAAACAUAUUAACCACGACCAGAGGCAUAGAACAAGGCUGUGCGAAAACCUGAACACAUUCAUUCAAGUUAUUUUAACUUCUUCAAAUAUGUAACAUAUAACCGAAUACCAUAGGUUUUGCUAUUGACUACACAUCACAUUUGCAAUAAGGGUCUACUACUUAUCAUCUCAAAAAUACUCUAUGCUCUAUACUCUCCUUUUUUUCUACAUCUGUACCAUUUAGGCAAUUUAUAAUAUUAAGAAAUAUUUCCCGUUACUAAGAGAAUAAUAGAAAAACUGUUUAAUUAAAACUCACGAAUAAUGUAAGUUUGAACCUUAUGUACUGCUAUUUUCUUUUUCUUGCUUUGUCUUAAGAUCUUAAAUGUAGAGCGAUAUGAUUGUUGAUUUAAAUGAAAACAGCUGCAUGUUUUUUUUUAAAAUGACAUAAGUUAGUGGGUUUUAAAAUGUAAAUACGUUUUUUUCUUAUUUUCUUAAUACAGGGAAAUGGCUAAAUUCUUGUCUAAUGUGACAAUUACACAUAUGAAGAAAUAAAGCAAGUUUUAAUAAUUUUAACCAAGAUGAUGUCCUAUUUGGACUUUGUCUCUUCGGUCAUUUCCUUGCUGAGUAUAAAGAGCAAAGUGACUUUGACUGUGUCCCCUACAUGAGUAACAUAUUACAUGUCCCUGCUACAUUAUGUUUCUUUACUUUCCUUUUCUCAUCUUCCUGAGAAGUUGAGCAAGUGUGUUCACAAUACUAAAUAUAGUGCUAUAUCCUCUCUGCUAAUUUGAUAUCUGUACUAUUAAAACGCUUUCCUGUCUUAGCAUCUGUUCUCUAGAACUUGGGUGAUGCCAAUUCUAGUGUUUGUAAGUAUUACUCUUCGCACCAUGUUUCACUUUGUCCCUUUGAACAGACCUGAGACAUGAGAAUUUGUGUUAGUGUACUAGAAUUGGUGUUGUAUGGCCUAAGUAUCUUCUUUGCAUGCAAAGAGCCUGA